AACCCUACAAUUUCUAGCGUCCAUGACAUAGACCGCCACUCUCCUCCUCCUUCACUCUGCCCUCUAAAACCCUAAUCUGCUUUCCUUCGCCAUCUAUCAAUGGCUACGAUCACACCAUCAUCCGGUGUAAGCCCUAAGACGGUAGAGAAAGCAGUGAAUUCUCUACUAAAAUGGAAAGCUACAAAAUCCGAAACCCAAAAACCUCAACUUCUUGAGCAUGAUGAAUUCGUAUACUUGAUUUUAACCCUCAAAAAAAUCCCACAAAAGGGAUCUUUUAGCCGCACCAAUCCCCACAAAAUCUCACUCCCUAACCCAUUAAUCAACCCUCAAAAUGACAACACGGAACUCUGUUUAAUCAUUGACGAUAGACCCAAAUCAGGUCUUACAAAAGAUGCAGCGAAGAAAAAGAUUCAAAAUGACAACAUACCCAUAUCGAAAAUUAUCAAGAUUUCUAAGUUAAAGAGUGAUUAUCGUCCUUUUGAAGCAAAAAGGAAACUCUGUGAUUCUUAUGAUAUGUUUUUUGCUGAUAAAAGGGUUGUUCCAUUAUUGCCUAAGAUGUUAGGGAAGCAGUUUUUUAAGAAGAAAAAGAUUCCUGUUGGUGUGGAUUUGAAACAUAAGAAUUGGAAAGAGCAGAUUGAGAAAGCAUGUGGGUCAGGUUUGUUGUUUAUGAGAAGUGGGACUUGUAGUGUCGUGAAAAUUGGGAGAGUUUCAAUGGGUGGAGAGGAAUUAGUGAAAAAUGUAAUGGCUGCUAUUAAUGGGAUUGCUGAAAUUGUGCCUAGAAAAUGGGGUGGUAUUAGAUCUUUUCAUCUGAAAUUGCUUGAAAGUUUGGCUUUACCCAUUUAUCAGGCGCUACCGGACUUCAAAUUGAAGAUUGAAGGUGUUAAGGAGGAAGAGGAGAAGGAGGAAAAGGUUGAGGGAACCAACGUCAAGGAGGAAAAGAAAGUGGGGAAGAAGAAGGGGAGGAUACAUGAGAUUAGGUAUAUGGAUAAUACUGCUAGUGAGGAUGAUGAUGAGGUGUUACUGGACAAGGGUGAAGGAGAUGUUGAUAAUGAUGAUGGUGAUAGUGAAGUUAUAAUGGGUACUGAUGGAUUAGAGGGUAAGAAGAGAAAGAAAGGAGAUGUAGGAAAAGUUGAGAAGAAGUUGAAGAAAACUAAAUUAAAGAAAGAGGAUGGCGUGAAGGGGAAGAAGAAACUAGACAACAUGAAAAAUGAGGAUAGUCUUAAGAAGAAGAAGAGCAAGAAAGCAGCUUAGGGGACUCAAUGUAGAGAAAUUGUACUGUCUGGUUAGGCAGAUUUUUGUUUCAGGUUUGAAUUUUAUGAGCUUCCUUAUUUUAGUAUUUCGUGCGAUACUCUAAGAACCUAAGUUUGAGCUCUUAUCUUGCUUUUCGAUUACUUAAUAUAAUUUCUAUGCUCUUACUUUGAUAAAA